AAUCCACGGAACAGGGACAGUUGGGUCGGUUAUAGGUCAUUCUUGUGCCGUCCUUCGCAUGGCGGUUCUGUUGGCCCCCGCAAAUCUUCACACAAUUGAACACAUACACAUAUAUCCACACAAAAAGACACACAAACCCAUACAAUUCUUAGCGAUUCUCUUGGAUUGUAUUGUAGGAACGGUCGUGUUUUGCGUGUCCAAGAAAUUCAAAUUCUUGGGAUUUUUCGGUUUCUUCUUUUUUUUUUUCUUCCUUCCUUCCAAUCUCUCUCCCUCUGUGUUGUUUGUGCGUAUGUGUAGUCGAAUCGAAGUCUAUCAAUGCCCAAUGACUCUUUAACGCAAUUAAUCAUUCUUUUGCAGUUUAAUGCUUGGAUCACUUCGCAUUCGUCGCUUCUGUCGAUGCCUGGUCUUUGUAGCUCCAGGAGCCUUAUCAAGAGCAACCACCUUCAUAUUGCUAUAUUCGUCUUCUUAAAUUUUAUUUGAAUUUUCAGUAUGAUGUCCUUUAAUGUUAUUUUUGGUUUAUGAGACACUAGAAUGAUGCAGAUAUAGUGGACGGAGAUGAACAUCUCUGCUCUUCUGACUUCUGCUGGUAUCAAUAUUACCCUGUCUGUGGCGCUUUUGUGGUUGUAUUCCAUUUUAAGAAAACAACCAAGCCUUGCAAAUGUGUACUUCGGGCAUAGGCUUGCUCAGGUACGAUCAAAACACCACAAUCCUUUUUGCCUUGACAGCCUUGUUCCUUCUGCUAAUUGGAUAGUGAAGGUCUGGGAAACAUCUGACGAAGAGAUAUUUGCUACUGGCGGGUUGGAUGCAGUGGUUUUUCUCAGGAUGGUUGUUUUCAGUACUCGGAUCUUCUCCAUUGCUGCUAUCAUGUGCUUAUUUCUUGUGCUUCCCCUGAAUUAUUUUGGGCAAGAGAUGCAGCACAAGCAAAUCCCUUCGGAGUCACUGGAUGUAUUCACCAUUGGGAACAUCAAAUUACGAUCAAGAUGGCUAUGGGCCCAUUGUCUCGCACUAUACGUUAUAUCCUGCUGUGCUUGCAUUCUUCUUUACUAUGAGUACAAAAGCAUCACAAAGAUGAGGAUGGCAUAUGUUAUGGGCUCUCGUUUGAAUCCAAGUCAGUUUACAGUUCUUGUUCGUGCAAUCCCAUGGUCUUCAAGAGAAUCAUACAGCACUUCUGUCAGAAAAUUCUUUGCAAAUUACUAUGCAUCUAGUUUUUUGUCGCACCAAAUGGUUUAUCGCUCUGAUACAGUCCAGAAACUGAUGAACCACUCACAUUUGCCAUCCACUCUGUACCAAACCCCAGUCUCAACAACUGCAUCCCUCUGUUAUGCUCUUCCACCUGUGAGUGUCACUCUGAAGCUUUCAGACUUUCAUCUCUCUCCUUUCAACCUGUCAGACUUGGCUCUCUCGCUCUCUUUCUCCUUCGCAGAUAGACACAUUUCAUGUCCCAUUAACAUUGAAGCUAGUAAACUUAAUUUCAGGGAAGAAAGAAAGAAAGGCCAGCAUGAGAGCGACCUCUUGAAUAUAUACGUUUGUAAAUUGUCAUGUCCAAGUAUUGUGGUGGUUACUAAGAUUCUUUUAGCUUCAUCAGAGAGUGAUGCAGAGAAGAUAUACAAGAUGCUGAAGUCUAAUCCUAUGGAUCAGCACUGUGGAUUAAGUUUCAUGAGAUGCGGCCUUUGUGGAGGAACUGCAAAAGCUUUUAAGAUCCUUUCUAGCGAACCAGAAAGUGUAAAUGGAAGACGUGAAUUUGCCAAUCCAGAUUUGAGAGAAAAGGAGUGCGCUGCUGCAUUAAUUUUCUUCAGGACUCGCUAUGCUGCCUUGGUUGCUUCACAGGCCAUGCAAUCAUCAAAUCCCAUGUUAUGGGUUACAGACCUAGCUCCAGAACCAAAUGAUAUCAAUGGACAAACCUUUGUGUUUACUAUUACGUCGAAGGCUUCUACUUUUGCUAGAGCAACAUUGACUGCGUUUGCUACAAAAUAUAAGAACUUUACUUUGUGUAUUGCAGUUGCAGCUUCCUUUGAUGCUCUAGCAAUAGAGACACCCUAUGAGGAUAGAAGAGGGUCCCUUUGGGCUAAAAACUUCCUUAAGCCAUCGAAUCCCAUUUUAGUUUAUAGGCUCAAGCAACGGCUUUUCAGCAGCAAGAGGAGGAAGAUUUUGAUCCAGCUGGUUACAGGGUAUCUACCAAGUGUGAUAUUGAUGCUAUUUCUGUACAUUGUUCCACCAUUAAUGAUGCUAUUUUCAGCAUUGGAGGGCUCCAUAUCUCGCAGUGGCAGGAAAAAGAGUGCAUGCAUCAAAGUCUUAUACUUCUUAAUUUGGAAUGUUUUCUUUGCUCAGAUUUUUACAGGGACUGCUAUUGAGCGUUUGGGAAAAAUUUCUAGCGCAAAAAGCAUACCUAAUCAACUUUCUAGAGCUGUACCAUCCGCGGCUACCUUCUUUAUGACUUAUGUUUUGACUUCUGGCUGGGCGAGUUUGUCAUGUGAACUCAUGCAACCUUUUGCUCUUCUGUGCAACUUAUUUGAUAGAUUCUUUAUCAGAAACAAGGAUGAUCCAUCUUAUGGCUCUUAUUCUUUUCCAUACCACACAGAAGUUCCAAGGGUCCUCCUUUUUGUCCUUCUGGGAUUCACCUUCUCUAUAUUGGCACCUUUAAUAUUGCCCUUCUUGCUGGUUUAUUUUUUCCUUGCCUAUCUCGUCUACCGUAAUCAGACAACAAUCUUCUCUUUGGUAAUGACCCAAUUAAUUGCUCUGGGAAUCUUUGGAUUGAAAGAAUCCACAGUUGCGUUGGGUUUCACCAUUCCACUGAUUAUUUCAACACUCCUUUUCAACGAGUACUGCAGGCAGAGGUUUCAACCAAUAUUUAGGAGCAACCCUGCACAAGUUCUUAUUGAGAUGGAUAGGACAGAUGAGCAGUGCAGAAGGAUGGAAGAAAUUCAUCAGCAAUUGCGUUCUGCCUAUUGCCAGUUCACAUCUACUUCCUGUAAACCAUAUGAAGCUGUGGAUUUGAAUGCCAAUGAAAAUCGAGAUGAUGACAGGCUCCAAGACCCUGAAGACAUGGCACUAGGAGACAAAUCUCGGGCACAUGGAACGCAGGUUGAAUUCUCGCAUUUGGGAAUUGAAGAAGUAAAUAUGAAGUAGAUUGAGCUGUAUUCUGAUGCGCACAAUUCAUCGAUUACAAAUACACGAUAUGACCAUAAUUGCGAAGGUGCUUGUGAAACUGCUUGGAACAAAGAACUUAUGUUGAGAUACUUUCGAAGUCUUCACAGAAGCAGCGUGGGUGACUGUUGACAGUAAUCAAGGAAAGGCGGACAAUGAAGCUUUCUUUUUUCCCCCUUUUCUUCAUUUUCUCUCUCUCUCUCUCU